AUGAGCGAAGAAGAGUUACGACAAGUCAUACCGACACAAUGGCACCAAUACCUGGAGUUAUUUAAGGUGGAACGGGCCAGAAAACUACCACCAAAAAGAGAAUGUGAUCACGAGAUCGAAUUGACCCCCGGAGCAGAACUAAAACCAGGUCCAAUCUACCAACUGGAUGAACAUGGGGACGCAUUCCUAAAGCAGUGGAUCAAUGACGGUUUGGCCAGCGGCCAUUUACGAAGGAGUAAAUCACCUUAUGGAUCUCCUGUAUUCCUGGUUCCGAAAAAAGGAGUGAUUCCCUAUCGAGUGGUAACAGAUUAUCGGGCGCUUAACAAGGUAACCGUUAAGGAUUCAUACCCAAUGCCACUCAUCUCGACACUACUCGAUCGACUUCAAUUAGGAAGGAUCUUCACUAAACUCGAUUUGAAAGGGGCUUACCAGUUAGUCAGAAUAAAGGAAGGAGAUGAACAUAAAGCUGCCUUACGAACAAGAUACGGCAGUUUCGAGAGCACAGUCCUAAGGGACGGGUUGUGUAAUGCACCAGCCACCUUUCAGAACUUUCUACAAGACAUGUUUCACGAUCUACUUGACGAAGGGGUAGUAGUUUAUAUCGACGACAUCACGGUAUACUCCGACACGAUCGAAAACCAUCAGAUAAUUGUCCAAAAGGUGUUAGAUCGACUACUUGAAAACGAUUUGGUCGUCAGUCCGAGGAAAUGCGAAUGGAGUUCAAGUGAAGUAAAGUUCCUGGGGUAUGUAAUAGGACACGAACGGAUCGAAAUGGAUCAAGAAAAGGUGAAAGCUAUUCUAGAAUGGGGAGAACCCAUGACAGUCCGGGAUACUCAAGUGUUCUUGGGUUUUGCGAAUUUCUAUCGGAGGUUUAUCAAGGGGUUUUCGCAUAUUGUAGGACCUCUCACACGAUUGACCAGGAAAGAUCAAGCUUGGAACUGGACACAAGAUUGCCAAAAGGCUUUUGACGAUCUAAAGAAAACAUUCACCACAGCACCGGUACUUCGACAUUUUGAUAGAACCCGACCGACUUGGAUCGAAACCGAUGGAUCCGACUGCGCGAUAGGUGCGAUAGCGUCUCAAAGAUUCCCUCACCCAUCAAUAAAGGGAACCACCGAACUUCACCCAGUUGCGUAUUGGUCUCGAGCAAUGACACCCUGUGAACUAAACUACACGGUAGGAGAGAAAGAAUUACUAGCCAUCGUGGACUGCCUGGUCGCCUGGAGGCCCUACUUGGCUAACAGUAGUGAUGUUAUAAAAAUCAUUACAGAUCACAAGAACUUAGAGUACUUCCAAAGCAAGCGACAACUAAAUCGAAGGCAAAUGAGAUGGUUGGAAAUAUUGGGAGACUUCAACAUAGAGAUCACUUACCGACCAGGUAGCAAAAAUGGGGGAGCAGAUGCUCUGACAAGACGAGGAGAUUAUCAUCCGGGAAGAGGGAGUAGCAAGGACCCGGAUCUAAACAAAGGCAACUGGCUACAAUUGCUACCGACACACAAACAAGUUGGAUCGAAUUCAAUGGACUCAGAACACAAAGGACCAAGACACAUAAUACAUAGCACACAGGACACACAGAGCACACAGGACACACAGAGCACACAGGACACACAGAAGACACAGAUUAGCAACGAGACACCAAUAGUAUCUUGGACACAAAGCGGAUUACUCUUGUACAAAAACAGAGUAGUCAUACCAGAAGGACAAGCAAGAUUAGAAGUAAUGAAAGCAAGACACGAUUCGAUAUUAAUAGGACACCCAGGAAGAGAUAAAACCAUCACCUUAGUCAAAGAGGAUUAUUACUGGCCACAUUUGGACGAGUAUAUUGCGAAGUACGUAAAAGGAUGUGAGAUCUGUAACCGACAUAAGACUCAUCGACAUCAACCGUAUGGACAUCUAGUCUCUUUACCAGUACCCACGCUCCCGUGGACAGAUAUCUCUAUGGAUAUGGUGGGACCCCUACCAAAAUCGACCGAGUUUGACGCGAUACUAGUGAUAGUCGAUCGACUAACCAAGAUGGCUAGAUUUAUUCCAUGUACAACUGGACUAACAGCGAACAAAGUGGCCGACAUCUACAUCAAGGAGAUCUUUUCAAAACAUGGAGUACCUCGAACAAUCGUAUCAGAUAGGGGAACUCAGUUUACAGCGGAAAUUUGGAAGGAAAUAUGUCAGUUCCUGGGAAUAAAGAACUUAUACUCGACUGCGUAUCACCCUCAAACAGAUGGACAAACUGAGCGAGUAAAUCAACAGAUGGAAAUCCUGCUCGGAAUGUAUGUAAACUACAACAUGGACAAUUGGGAUCAACUUCUACCAAUUGCUGAGUUCGCUUAUAACUGUUCGCCACAUAGUAGCCACGGUCUGUGUCCCUUUGAAGCCUGUUACGGCUAUGUGCCACACUACGACAUCCAUUCGCACGACAUUCGAUCAAAGUCAAACAAGUUGGAGAGGAAAUGGAGAGAUAUGGGAGAAUUACAUGCGGCUGUUCAAGAACAGGUCAGGAUGGCUAAUGAGAUUAGUGCAGAAUACUACAACAGGAGACACAAGAGUAUACCAGAAGAAUUCAGAGAGGGAGAACAGGUACUACUGAGUACGAAGUAUCUUACGACGGAAAGACCCAGUCGAAAAUUAGAAGCAAAAUACGUUGGCCCCUUCAAGAUCAUAAGGAAAGUUGGAAAAAAUGCUUUCGAAUUAGAUCUACCUCCAUCAAUGAAAGUGCACAAUGUCUUCAAUGUCACGCUGUUGGAACCAUAUCCUAAGGACAUGAUACCAGGUCGACAGAUACAACCCCCACCGCCUGUAGUAAUUAACGGCCAGGAUGAAUUCCAUGUGGAAGCAAUCGUGGACAGCAGAAUUCGACGAGGAAAGGAAGAAUUCAAGGUAAAAUGGUUAGGAUACACAGGAAAUGCGGCCUAUGACUGGGAACCACGAGAAAAUGUAGAAGAGUUGGCCGUUUUUGGUGAAUUUUUGGAAAAGAGGAAGAGGGACCCCAGAAGAAAGUGA